AUCGGUAUAUAAAAAAGAGAUUGGAUCCGCUCCAGAAUCAGGGGAAACAAGGAUGCAUUUGUCAUUCAUCAGUAGAACAUUUUGGGUGGAAGUGUGAUUCUAGGGCUGGGAGCCAGGACAUUUGUCAGCGCUGGCUGUUUGCAGCUCCUCUUCAAAUUUUGCCGGUGAUGCGAUCGUAAGCAGCACCGUCAAAUAGCCAGGCAUAUACCAUGAAACUUAGAUGCAUCGUUCAGAUAACCGCUCGAAUUGCGGAAAAGGAGACUUAAAUAAGAAAGAAUAAAUUGCUUUAGACUUUUUUUUAUUUUAGCAUACUCUUAAAAUGUGAAGGCCUUUAUCGACACUGGCUGCUUAGUGUUCACACGUUGUAGGAGCUUGUACAUUCCAAUUUACAUGUGGGAGUAAAACUAUGGCUGACCUUGAGAAUAAUCUUGGAUAUCUUUGUAUGUUUCUUUGUGUUGGAUUAUCGUUUUGCUUUACCAAUUCCUUGGAUCUAGAUUUCCAGCCUAAGACAACAAGAAUCGUAUCUUUACAUAUACAGUCCAGUAUAUUGUACCGAUUUUCCUCUACUAGUGUGACAAGUACUAUAAUUAACGACGACGUCAGAGCUAAAGAAACCACCUUUGAUGUCACUCUCCCCGAGGCAGCUUUCAUCUCCAACUUUACACUGGAGAUUGAUGGAAACAUUUAUCCAGGAGAAAUUAAAGAAAAGGAUAUUGCUAGAAAUACAUAUGACAACGCAAGAUGGAAGGGUCAUUCUGCUGGUCACAUACAAACUAGACCAAGGGACACUAACAUGUUCAAAAUUUCAAUAAAUAUCGCGGCCUUUAGCGAAGUAACCUUCAUUUUAACAUACAACGAGUUGUUACAACGACGACGAGGGAUCUACGACCACACGAUCUAUGUGAAUCCCGGUCAGAUAGUAGACAGUUUGUUAGUGGAGGUCACAAUACAAGAGUCACGUGCCAUCACCCAGCUGCACGUGUCACCACUAAGGAAUGAUAUUCUCACUGAACACCAGAACAGAAUUCAAAAUAUCUAUGCAUCUGUUCGGAGACCUUCACUGACUUCUGCCUACAUUCGCUACAAUCCUUCACCAGAAGAUCAGAAGAGGGCCUCGAUGCAAGGAAUGGCGGGGUUAUUUGUUGUUGAAUAUGACGUUGAAAGGACCACAAAUGUUGGAGAAAUUCUGGUUGUAAAUGGUUAUUUUGUCCACUAUUUUGCACCGCAAGGAAUACCAAGGAUGAGGCGGAAAGUACUUUUUAUUUUGGACUCCAGCGGCUCGAUGAUAGGAACGAAAAUUAAUCAAGUUAAGAUUGCAAUGUCUGAGAUUCUGUCUAACCUCGACAAUGGGGACAAAUUCAACAUCAUUCAGUUUGCUGGUAACGUCACAAAAUGGUGGAACCGCUCGGCGUUAGUCGAGGUUAACCAGUACAGCGUGAAUGCCGCCAGAAACUUCAUAAAUGACAUAAAAGCGGACGGAUGGACAGACAUCAAUGCUGCUGUAUCGAAGGGACUGCAACUGAUCCAGGAGGAUGAUGAAGAUGGUUUCUCUUCCUUAAUAAUCUUCCUCACAGAUGGUGCGGCGACGGAAGGAGAAACAGAUCAUUCUAAAAUACUGGAUACCAUAAGCAAAAUAAAUAAGAAAAGCAUUCCGAUUUUCAGUCUUUCGUUUGGCGAAGACGCCGAUUAUGGGUUUCUGAAAAAGAUGUCAGCUCAGAAUAACGGGUUUGUUCGUAAAAUUUACGAGGCAUCAGAUGCAUCUCUCCAGCUCACAGGUUUUUAUGGUGAAAUUGCAUCCACUUUAUUAUCAAACUUGACCUUUAGAUACUUAGAUGAUACCAUUGUUGGAAAAUCUGUCACAAAUACAAUUUAUCCUAGCUUCUUCGAGGGAUCUGAAAUCAUUAUCGCGGGAAAAAUAUCAGAACUCAAUAUUUCAGCUAUGAAUUUAGAAAUAUGUGGUACGAGUUCUAAAGGACCUUUAGAGUGGCGAACCGCAACUGGAAACAAUAUAUUUGAUUUAAUUCAGGAUGCUCCAAGUGAAUUAGUGGCCUCCAACUUUUCAGAUAUUACAGAGAAGAUAUGGGCAUAUAUGACAAUCAAACAGCUCUUAAUUAAUAGGCUUCGUGAACGGAAUAAUACGGCAAGAAUAGAGUUAAAAAAGAAGGCUCUGGAGCUUGCCUUGAAGUAUAAUUUUGUAACACCCCUGACGUCUAUGGUGGUGACAAGACCACAGGACGAAAAUGUGAUUCAACCCAAUGCUGACUAUGGGCUAAAUGAUAGUCCUCAUUCUGUAUGGGGCAGUGCCUUAACGGGAAGCAAAGGCUUGGCUCUCGCUGGAAAUUCUCCUUCCUUUGUUGAUAGUGAUCCUCAUUUUAUCGUACGAGUCAAAGGUCUGGACUCCUCAGUAUGUUUUGAUGUAAUGGGGACCGACGGAGAUGUUUACAAUCUUGUAAAGGAUGAGAUCUCAGGAAUUAUCGUAAAUGCUAAGGUUGCAACGACAGGAGACGACAAGGAUUCUAAUUCAACUUCCUCCAAUCAUCGAAAUAGAACUAGAAAUGACAAGUCAAAAGUUAAGACCUAUUUUGGAGAAGUAACAAUAUCCGGGGAUCGUUCUGUUAUAAAUGUUUCGCCUAGUCGUUGGAAGGUGAAUGAACACAUUUACAAAUGGCAACCGGCACAGACCAUAACUGUUCACAAGACCAAGCUCGUUACAGAUGGGACAGGGAAAAUGAUCGCCAUCAUGUUUCCUCAUAAAAUCACCUUGUUGAUUGUCCGACAUAUGAGGACAAAAAGACAAUUAGAGAUGGGGCAGAUCAACUUCCUCGGUUUUUACAUAGUGGAUGAUAGGGGAUUUUCUUGGUAUACACAUGGUUUAUUAGGGCAAUUCAUUUACAGACGAAUAUCGUUAGAAAAGAAGAAAAAAUCAAAGAAUGGAAAAACAAGAGGAAAAUUGAAAGUAGAAGGAAACAUAAAACGCAUGCGCCGAGUAACAGCUUUACUUGGUAAAAGAGUAAAUUUAGCAACAAACUCUUAUGUAUCCUGUUGGAUGGUGCAGAAAAAUGGCCGACGUUUGAUUGACGGUGUAUAUACUGAUUAUCUUGUCCGGAAUUCAACAACGUCACAAAAAAGAAAACGUAAACGAAGCAAAUCUCAGACCUAAUUGUCCUGAUACUUUUACUUUUACAUAAAUGAUCAAAGUGUCUUCAUAAGUGAAAGUCAUGUUAGUUACAUGAUAAGGAAUGACAGAGAACAAGGGAACAAGGAGGGUUAUGGUCCAAACUUGGCCAAUAACAUACAUGUACUUCAUCUGUUUUGCUUAUACAGCCAAUAUUAAGGCUGUGAUGACUCAGUUUUAAUUAAGAAAAUGCAUUCACGCGUACAAUGAAAUUCCUGUUUAUAUGGUUAUGAGAAAAAGAAUAAGUUUUUGAAUUCUUACAACCAAUAAGGUCUCUAUUUGAUUUAAGAGGCUAGGACAACGUGUUUAAACCGCCAGUAUUUAGUUCAUUUUUGUGGUGGUCGUGUACAUUAUUGUAAAUACAUCACUUAUUUGAUAUUUUAUUGAUUACGCUAUAUACAAUAAUUGACUUUUGUGUCUAUUGUAUAAUAAUGAUUGAUGAAGAACCACUUCGGGGGAUCUCUGAAUGACUUCCCCAUGAAUUAAAUACUUUGUUUGUAAAAAAAAGUCAUCCUUCGAAUAUCUCAAACAUGAUGAAAAAUUGUUCAUUAACCCUGCGACAGCUUGAAACGAAGGCAUUUCAAUUCCUGAUGGUGGUGACAAAAUAUAGCGCUAAAAUGCCUUACAUUUUUUAACAACAAACUAUUACAUUAUCCUUUCCUUUAAUAAUUCAUGCGCACUUAACACUUUUAAUGUAGAAGUGCAAAAUAUGAUAUUUUAUUAUUAUUACCUUUCAGUUUUAAUCGAAGAAUAUUUGGUUUUGUAUUUUCUUUCAGCUUGUGCUAAAAAUAUUGUAUUUAUAAGAUCUGCAAGCGAUAAAAUGUCCUUUGCAAUUUUUUUUUAAAAAAAAGUAAGUGCACUAAAUGUGAUUCCAUUAAGCAUGUAAAGAUCCCAAAUUUCACCUUUCUGAAAUUCUUCAUGCAUAAUAUUGUUGAUGCGUCAUACUAUGUACCUGCGAAUAUGCGUUAGACAAAUUUGAAAUGAUUCAUCAUUUAAUGCAUGUAUUUUUCGUUAAUCUUAUUUUUGUACACAUUUAACAUGCAAAAUUGACUAAUUUUUCAAUACGGUUUAAGUUCAUCGUACUCUUUCUUGAAAUAUCCCCUAACCGUGUAAUUUAUUGUUAUGAAAUUUUUUUUCUUGUCAUUUUUUGUUGAUGUAGUUCUUCAUUUUCAAGUUAACGAGUUACCGCCAUGAUGACGAUUAAACAAAACCACUUGUGUACAUUAUUUUCUUUUCGCCUUUGAUUCAGUAAAGUUUGGAAUUAAAGCUUUGUUAAGAACACAGA